AAAUUGCUAGAUCUCCCAAGCAUUAUAGUCGUUUUCUGAAUCAAUGCAUUUUUUUUAACGAAAAAUACACUUAUUUAUCUUUUAUAGAAUUCGAUUUCCAGAAAAAUGAAGAGCUAUUCCGUAAUCACCGUGUCAAUCGUUUUGGCCUUUUUUGCGGCCAACACGUCUGCACACAAUUCGUUCCUCGGACAAGACAGUUGUGACAUAAAGUAUCACUUUCACGAAAAUUUGGCUUCGAUCCUCGAGAACGACGUAGGCAUAGCAGCAAUCAAUGAAGUGCGACAGAACUUAAAAGAUAUUUGCUUGGACCCGAAAGCCCACAAUGCAAUCGUUUCCCUAACCGACGCGAUCACCGACGUGACGACGAACACCAAUGUCUCGCAAACUCUGGGAAAUGUAUUCUACUGGGCCAGGAAGGUCAUGAAGGACCCUAACUUCCGUAUCGUUUGGCACGAGUCAAUGAAGGGCGUAAACAUGUGUUUUGAUAAACUCCCGUUCACCAAGCAGAUAACAGACGUGGUAUUAAAUAACUUUAAUUUAUUGUUGACACAUCCCAAAUUCGACACCGAAUUUGAAACGGUGAUCAAGAAUAUAUCCAAGCUGAUCAACUUCCGCAAAAACUUCAUGUUCAAAGCUGCAACUGCUUUCCUUCCCAAAGGCCGACCGAUGAGACGUUCAAACUCCAGAAAUGGUCAACAAUAAUUGCAAUAGAGUUGUAUGUGUCCACGCUGCACCGAAAAAAAAUAUAAUAAAUUUAAAAAAAGAAUAACGAAGCGAUAACAUAUAUAAGCAUACAAGUAAAAUUAAAAAUAACUUAAAAAAAAUUGUAUUCCAAAAUGUUUUCCAUUUAUAUAAAACAAAUAAUUAUUGUAAACCACGUUUGCUCCAUUAUUUGUAACCAUAAAAUUAUUGUACAUAAAAUUUAAUAGGAUCCACACCAUCACACGACUGUAAUACGAAUUAUAAGACAAUAAAAUUACAGUCGAAUUUCUCGUUAA